GCUGAGCUGGCUGGAAGACAGAAGCAAACCCGUGUCUGUAGCCCGUUUUCUGUGAUUUACUCGAACGGUUUCCUGGUGAUGGGGGUCUGUGCGGGUCCGUGCAGCUCCUUGCUAGUCUUCCUGACCCUGCUGGUCUCUUCGCCCCCCCCUCUGAGCGCCUGGGACGCAGAUCUGGAGCUGCUGGACCUGGUGGAGGAGAUCCCGCAGUCCUUCUAUCAGUUCCUGUCCCUGGAUCAGGAUGCAUCAGCAGCAGAGAUAAAGAAGGCGUAUCGACGCCUGUCUCUUUCUCUGCAUCCUGACAAGAACAAAGAUGAAAACGCUGAAACUCAGUUCAGACAACUCGUGGCCAUUUAUGAAGUCCUGAAGGAUGAGGAGAGACGACGCAAGUAUGAUGACAUCCUGGUGAACGGGCUUCCUGAUUGGAGGCAGCCAGUCUUCUACUACAGACGAGUGAGGAAGAUGAGUAAUGCUGAGCUGGCCUUCCUCCUCUUCCUCAUCCUCACUGUGGGACACUACGCUGUUAUCUGGUCCAUAUACUUAGAGAAGCAGCUGGAUGAGCUGCUGAGUAAGAAGAAGAAAGAGAAAAAGAAGAAGCUGAGCUCCAGACCUGCAGAGGACCUCAGGUGCAUCGGGCAGGACCGGAGUGACAGAGUUCAGGACAGACCUCAUUGGCAGGACAUCCUCCCUUUGAAGUUGACCAUCUGGCUUUACCUGUCCAUCAAAAACCUGCCCCAGACCAUCCAGGAGGUGAAGCAGUACUAUGAGGACUACCAACAGAUGAAGCAGCAGCAGAGAGAGGAAGCUAAAGCUGAACAGGAAGUUGCCCCCAGAGAGAAGAGGCCAAAGGUCAAAAAGCCAAAGGUAGAGUUUCCUGUUUACGAACCAUCAUCAGAGAACCUGAACUACCAGAGUUAUGACCAAAUGACUUCCAUUGAGGAGAUCGAAGACCAGAUGGACGACUGGUUGCAGGAUCGCAGGCCUGCAAAGAAGAAGACUGCAGACUGGACGGAGGACGAGCUCAGCCUCCUCAGCAGGUUGAUGGUUAAAUUCCCCGGAGGAUCUCCAGGUCGCUGGGAGAAGAUUGCUCAAGAGCUGGGCCGAUCAGUGGCAGAUGUGACAACUAAAGUCAAACAGAUGAAAGACAAUGUGAGCCACACCUCAGGUCUGGUGAAACUGUCAGAGCUGAAGGGACCUCUUCUUCCUGUGAGGUCACUACCUGCUGGAGACAGUGUAAUGUCUCAGAGAGCGGGUGGGGCAUGUGAAGAGGAGGAGGAGGAAGAAGCAAUUGCAGCAGUCAGGAGGAGAACCAGGAAGUCAGGAGCCCCAGAAGGGGGGGAGGUGAAAGUCAGAGGUCGUCGGCAGAAAGAUUUUGACCCGUCCGCGGUGGAGGAAGAGGAGGCAGAACCUCAGGAGAGUAGGGAGAAGGCCGAUCCCACUGUCUGGACUCAGAACCAACAGAAGCUGCUGGAACUCGCUCUGCAACAGUUCCCCAGAGGAACCGCAGAACGCUGGGACCGUAUCGCCAAGGUGGUCCCAGGGAAGAACAAGGAGGAGUGUAUGAUUCGUUAUAAGAUGUUAGCGGAGCUUGUUCAGAAGAGGAAACAGGCCAAGAGCUGAUAAAAGACUGUGACCCCUGACUCCGCCUCCUCCUGCUAUGACCUCUGACAUCCUGACAGUUGAAUCACUAAAGGAUUUGACAAACAAGCAGGUGACCUGACAGGUCAACUGUCAGAGUGUUUUAUUGUUCUGUCCAGGUGAGCCACCUCCUGACUCGACUGAAUUACAAUUAAUUUUGUUUUUAUCUGUGUGAAGUGGCGUCUCACCUGCUCAGGUGUGUUUUUAUAACUUGUGUCAAAGGAAGCAAGUAAUUAGUUUGAACCCACCUGAUUGCUGACCUCACAGCUUCAUGUGCCUUAGCUCCAUUCAGCAUGCUGUCAAUCAAUUUUAUUCAGCUCAUCAAUAAAAGUAUUUAUUAUCUCCUGCAGUUCGUUUUUUAUUGUUUCAGCCAGAUGCUCAUUUUCAACAUCACAGUUAAAGUAAUAUGUUUGUCAUAUAUCAUAAUAAACGGUCCAUGUAUCUA